UUCUUAAACAUUAAUGAAGAAACGGCAUAAUGUUGAAAACACAACGAUUAUUCACUGCCAGUUCUAAAGAGACACAUAGUGCGACUUUCCGGAAGAACGUACUAUUCUUAAUACGUCACAGAAAAGACAAGACGAAAAGAAUGGAUACUCAAUUUACGGAAUCGCAUCCUCCGAGUCUGCCGAGAGUGCGACCUUUUCUUCGCAGUGGUUUAAUCAACGAAAAUUCUCGAACUGUAUCUGUGAACAGUAAUAAUCCAGAUAGCUUCCAAUGUGCAAUAGGGCCUAUUUUAGGGUUUGCCCAAUUAUUCGGAAUUUUGCCAGUCUCGGGAAAGCGCAUCGACCCCUUGAAAUUAAAAUUUGCAAUUUUUUCAUUUCGUACUCUCUAUGCCGUUUCUAUAAUUGUCAUGAUACUUGUUAUGCCAAUAUUGGCGAUUAUGCACGUGAUAAAAACACUAGACUCCUCAACUUUUGAAAUACAUGGAGGAAUAGCAGCUGUAGUGUUUUAUGGGAAUAACGUAAUGGGCUUGAUGAUAUUUUUCUGGCUAUCACCGCGUUGGGUAACUCUUCAACGCGAUUGGAGAGCUAUGGAACAAUUUAUAGACAGUAAUAAAGUGGAACGACCGAAACUUCGUUGGAAAUUUUAUUUGAUAACUGCUACUAUUUUAUUUUGGGCUCUUGUCGUAGAUAUCCUGAAUAUAGCAAUGAACACGGAGAAAUUUUAUUGGAAUGACAAUUUGAAGAAUACGACAUUUGAACAUUUCUUGGAAAUAUAUUGCAUGUCUUCACAUGCGUUUAUUAUAGAGCAAUUAAGUUACAACCUUGCACUCGGCAUUUUCAUUUUUAUCAUUAACCAAGUGUCAAGUUUUACAUGGAACUUUACUGAUGUUUUCAUCAUGUUGGUAGCUACCGGUUUAGCUGAAAGAUACAAGACGUUGAACAAGCAAGUAACAACUUCUGCAUUGAAGCAUGGGAUAACAGACUGGUGUGGAUUUCGCGAAGAUUAUGCUGUUCUUACAAGGGACAUGUCACAACUAUAUGCUUGA